AUGCUCCCCACGCACUACGCGCCGCCGGGGGGCUACAUGCCUGUGUACAUGAGCCACGCCAUGUACACGCAACAGCCUCAGCAUCAGCACCAGACGGAUGUUCGGCCAUUGAGCAGGUACGGCGGAGACACGUCGCGGAGUUCGCCAUCUCACGACGCCCGACUCCCAGCUGAUGAUGUACAACUUAGCGCCGAUGUCGAACUUGUCAUCCGCCAGCAGCCCAAGGAGGCUCUCGUCACAGUCGAGGGCAAGGAAAAGGCGAAUGCGACAGCUCGGAAACCAGUCGAUCCGCCCCCCAUCAUCCAACUGAAAGUCAAGCAGAACGCCGACCCUCAAGGACACUACAUGCAGAGUCCGUACUUGAUCAUGAUCGCGGACCUGUGGCACCCUGAAGAAGACGAGGCCAACCCAGAAAAGGCCUUGUCAGGCACCAUUUGCUCGUCGCUUCAUCGCCUCAAAGACGUUGACAACAAAGAUGGCGCGUUCUUCGUAUUUGGCGACAUUUCUAUCAAGCUGCAAGGCGAACAUCGGCUCCGCUUCAGCCUCUUCGACAUCCACAAGUAUGUUACCUUAUCGAUAGCGACCAAGGACAGUACUGAUGGAGUGAUCCGAUCACAAAGGCCGGGCGCCGUGUAUGAAUUCGUUACCAGUACCAUUUCAAGCAAAUUCAAAGUCGUGUCCGCCAAGGAUUUCCACGGAAUGGACGAGUCCACGUAUCUUUCCCGGGCUUUCUCGGACCAGGGGGUCCGACUAAGGCUUCGAAAAGAGCCGAGACACGUGAUGGGUCGCAAACGAUCGCCGCCCUCACAGUCGUACGAACCGCCACCAUCACAGCAGUUUCAACCCCCGACACCCAGCAAUCCUUCUGCACUUGCGUACCAAAUGACCGGCGCUACGUACCAUUCAGGCUAUGCCACGCACGGUGACGGCUCGCCCAUCAAACGGCCGAGAGUAGAAGAAGAUGAUUCGCCGCGCUACAACAGUACGAGCCACGUCAGUUCAUCGCCCUCUUCGCAACUACCAAAUCGACAAGGGAAUUUGCCCGUCCAAUCUCCGAGCGGGAUCAACCUUGGAAUAAGCGCUUGGCCAGCAAACAGCAUUGGAUAUGGUAGCAACAGCUACAACAGUUUUGGACGGGGCGCGUCAAUGAGCAGCACAUCAGGGCCUGUGGAGCUGUCCAGCAUGGGCCCACCACUGGGAAGCGCUUCAAUGGCACUACGUCCGACAUUCUCGACCGCUCACACAAGCAGUAUCGGCUUGCCUUCGGUUACCGCAAGGGGCAGCAACAUUUUUGCGGGACUCGAGGGCUAUGGGGAUGACGGGUUGAACCUCGGCUCUUCGUAUCAUGACCGCUCGGACAGUCUCUCGGGAUCGAAUAGCCACAUUGAAUACCCGAACCACGCGACGGAUGGCAUUCGUGGCAUGCCUGUUCAGUCUCCAGAGCACGGCGCGAAUUUCCCUCGUACCGACUUCCACUUCCAGCCGCCGAACUUGCAAUCUGGCCAGCUUCUGAAUCCGUUUGAAGGCAGGACUGGGGCACAGUGGCCAGCCGCUGUACCACAAAGCCGAUACGAGGAGCGCGUCAGUCGUGCACGCUCGCACUACCAAGUCAAUUCCCUCCACAAUCCGAUCGGAGGCAACGACGGCCAUCACGCGUCGCCGCAUCCCAGCACUGGUUUCGACGAUCAGUACAAACAUGAGGACCAUCAUUUCAAGUCCGAGGGAUCGUAG